GGUUAAAAACUCGUGUUCCCCAGAAAAACGUAAAAAACGCAUUCAGGUGCAGGUGGGAGGCUGUGCGCCACAAACUCCAAAGCCCUCUUCCCAAAAGUGCGAUUCCCCCGAAAAAAACAAUAGCGAGAUAAUUCCAGUCCUCUGCAGAUGCAACGAGUUCCCCUUCCCCAAAGGUGUUUCAAUCAUUAAUCCAUCCCCCAGAUGUUUCGACGCACAUACAUAGUUCGUGGCGUAAAACAGUGAGAGACAAACGGGAAUCGUUCGUAAUGGCCGCAACCUGACCUUCGUCGUGUGGGAUUGAAGUUUUGUUUUCUCCUGGGGUAGUGGUGCCUAGUGUGUUAAAUCCCCUGGAAUAACCCCCGGUGAACAGUCCCCGAUCACAUCCCCAUCGCCCCCAUCACCCAUCCCCAAUCGAUCGUGAAUAACGUGUGGGUGUUGCCAGGAGAGUUGAGAAUAUUCAGAACGGAAGAGAAGAAAAAAGUGUGAAGUGCGUUUUUAGCUUUAAAAAAAAUAGUGCAAUGAGUGAUCACGACAGAAGCGAUGAGGAUCCGAUAAUGGAUCUGUGGUACAGCAAUUGGGAGCAGCAGUGUGUCGAGGCGAUCGAAUCGGAGCCCGAUUAUGAGAGCCAGUUGCACAAUGAAAAGGAAAUUUAUUCUCAACAGAUAUGGACGGGUUUUCAGACAACGGCUUCAGCCAUUGCACAGCUCUACAAAGAUCGCACACAGGGCGCAUCCCUCUGGUUACCGUUUCAAACAGCCGCUGGAACUGUCACGUCUCUGUACAAAGAUUCAUUGGAUGGCAUGCGGAGAUGCAGCGAAUUGGGAUUGGAGAUGGGGAGGCAAAAGAAGAGCAAAGAAAUUAUGAACUGGGCGCGUAAGAAGAGGCGCAUGAUACGGAGGGAGGAUCUGCUGGCGUAUCUGGCUGGAAAACCACCACCACCGAGGCCACACACUCACAGGAGCUCACCGAAACCACGAAUGAUGGUCUGCGGCUCGCCACCCUCGCAAAGUCCAGCACCAAGCAUGGUGGUUUCUCCAACACCACCACCAGCUGAUCAAGAUUCAGAGUUGCAUACUUUCAGAGAAGCUAUUGCCUUAUCCGGUUCACAAAUGUCUCGACGUACAGGAAGACAGUCUGAGCUAUCAGCAUUCAUAAGUAGUGAAUUUGCACGACACCAUAAAAGACCAGCCUCGCACGACGUCGACAUGGGCUCCCCCACGCACAAGCGUUCGCGUUUCAUGUAACGAAUCGUGUCAUUGUUUUCACAAAGUAGAAGAAAAAUCGAGAAAAAAAAGUACUAAGAAGCCCUGGGGUCUGUCUCCUCGUGUCCCUGCGAAUCACUGGAUACAAUCCAGGAAUUUGCAAUCAAAACUGAUUAUACAUCACGAGGAGAAUGUCACUAGCAACUUCUGCCUGAUUCUUUUAGCGAGUAACUAAUUAAAAUGUUAUAAAUCUGUAAUAAAACAACAAAAAAAUACCAUAAAAUCGUAUCGAGAAGAAACUCAGUUGCCAUUUAAUUUCGUAAGGGAUAUCGAGAGGGCAAUGUAUGACGUCAUUUGAAUCAGAAUUUUUCAUUGAACAGUGACACAUCAAACGCUAUUAAACGCAUACAUAUAUAAACACUGGAUGUAUGUAAAAUUAAUCUCAUAAUGAUAUUAUACAUAUCUACAGGCACAUACUAGGGGCUGUUGAACGUCUGAGACCCAACAAUUCAGUUUUUAAAAUUGUAUAAAUAAACUAAAUCAACACGCGUCUCAGACAUAUUCCACGUCCUCUAUAUGUUUAUGUACAUGUGUAAGUACGAAAUUGAAAAGAAUCUCGUGAAUUUUAUGAUUAAAUAAUUCACGAUUGAGUGUAAUAAUUCAAAAUUGAAUUGUUAUUGAACGUUGAGUGCUGUGAGUUUCUAAAGUCGUGGACUGUUGGAAUGAGUUUUCUCAUAUGUUAAAGAUCAAUUAUAUGUGUUUAAGAACUAAGAAUUAGGGAAUAAAUGUUGAAAAUACUCCUGUGUCCUCAAUUUUUGGACAACAUUAAAAAAAAUGAAUGACUUGUUUAUUUAAUUCAACCUCUAAAUAGCCAAUUUUGUUGUUGUUUUUGAAUAAAAAAAUUCACUAUUCAUGCAAAAUAGUUAGUGAACGCAUUCUGUAAAAAAAAUCCACCUGAUUAUUUAAACAAAAACAAAAUUGGUUGCUUGGAGAUCAAAAUUGAGAAGAGUAAUUCGUAAUUGUCAUUCCGUACUGGAGGCGAACGAACGAUAAAAAAUUUUGUUGCACUCAUUCUUUGUUUUUAUACAUAUGUAAUUAAUGUGUGAAGGCUCGCUCCAAUAGCCUGUGAUUUUUAAAACCCAUGACGGUCUCCCCUUAAAAAGAAUCUCGUGGAUUUUAUGGUGAAUAAUUCACGAUUGAUGAUUGUAAUAAUUCAAGAUUGAAUUAUUAUUGUACAUUAAAAUCGCAAAACGCACUGUGCCUCGUUUCGCUUAUUGUUUGGGUCUCAAGAUCGAUAAGAAAUAAGAUAAACUGUGAAUUAGUUAAUUGAAAAUGCCAGGCUGACUGAUUACGCGGAUCGUAUUUUGCCUGGAUCCUUGUUUUUUUUGUGUAAUUUUUAUUAUUUUUUCUUAUUGGGGUUUGAAAGUAAAUUGAAAUUUAAUGGAAACGCAGGCGAUACUUGGAAUUUAGGAUUCCUUCGUUAAUAUUUUCAGAUGUCUUCAAGUGUCCCCUGCAUUUGAGUUGUUUCAUCGACAGAGACCCAGAGUAAAUAUCCCCCCAAAAAUGGAAAGAAAUGUGAGAAAAAUCAUUGAAAAAUUGAAAAAAAAAAACACUUUUCUGGGAAGCAGUGAGUGUUGUUAUUCGAUUGUAAAUAUAGUGCUUAUUAAUCAAAUAAUUUUCGAAAGAAAAAUAAACUGAGAUACGUGAAAAUUAACAAUGACAAUUCAUUGCGAAGUUAAUUAACGAUUCAAGUAACUAAUUAGGUUAUUAUGGUAUACUAUUAAUUGAUAGUUGGUAAAUAAUUAAUGAUAAUUCAUUGACUACUAUUCGAUAGCUUUAAUCGUAAUAUAUUUAUAAUGAAAAGGGAGAAACAAGUUUUCGGAAGUUUAAUGUGGAAAUUUGCGAGAGCAUUCAUUUCUCGGUUCUGAUUCUAACAAUCACUCAUUAUAUUUUGUUUUGUUUUUUAAAUUACAAUGAAGUGGAUGGAACGCUGCUGGAAAAAAACUGAAAUUUCGUGGACAGGUGGCUAAUAAUUUUUGGGGAGGAAAUUCAAUUUGGUUUAUGGGGAGGAAGUUAUGAAAUUUCAGAUUUUACUGGAAAUACGAUGAAUGGGUGAACUGAAAUUUACAGUUUCCAUUGAUUUUCUCGUAAAAUGUGCAAUUUUAAAUUACGAAAGUCUUUGAAAUUUGAGCGGAACUCUAAUGUGAUAAAAAUUUCCAAGUGUACGUGAAGUUUCAGUCAAAAAUUUCCAACAGUGAAUUAUUCGAUGGAUUAUGAAUAGAUUAUUUAUGAUAUUUGUUUUUAUUGGAACAAUUCAUGUCAGCUGCGCGAGAGAAAGGAGAAGGUAUUCAAAUAAAUCUUUUUCAAUCGUCCAUAUCUUGAGACCCUUAGAGUGCAACUCAGCGAUUUUUUCAAUUUUAGAGGCAUGUUUUCAGGCUUGAAAAUGAGACCUGAUCCAUCCAAAUUGUAUCGUCUGGUCAGAAGAUAUUGGCGAUUUAAAAAGUUCCUUCAACUUUUCCCAGAGGGAUUGAUGUCCUUUAUAUUUUAUUUUCAAAAAUGAAAAUUCAUUCGAUUACUCGAAACCACACAGUGGAUUCAUCAAAGAUGAAAAUCGUUUAAUCACCUCAGAAAUUUUUAUUCUUCAAUGUUAAUACACUGCGGAGAAAAUUCAUUUGAAUACAAAAAAUUGAAUUGUUGAA